AACGAGCAGCAGAGGAGCCAGACUUUCCCGUCCCCGCUCCGGCAGCGCGGCAGGGGAAGGGCAGGCGCCGCGGAGCGAGGAGCGGCGGAGGGGGACACCGGCCUUCCUCAUCCUCUUCCUCCUCCUCCAGGCAGCCCAUCCUGUGAUGACCCAGCGGGCCUGAGGCCCAGCAACUGCAGGGAUGGAGCUGAAGGUCUGGGUGGAUGGGAUCCAGAGGGUCGUCUGUGGCGUCUCGGAGCAAACCACCUGCCAAGAAGUGGUCAUCGCCUUGGCGCGGGCCAUCGGUCAGACAGGCCGCUAUGUGCUGGUGCAGAAGCUGCGAGAGAAGGAGCGGCAGCUGCUGCCACUGGAGUGUCCCUUGGAGUCGCUGGCCAAGUGCGGGCAGUAUGCCAAUGAUGUGCAGUUUGUCCUGCGGCGGACGGGCCCCAGUGUGGCUGAGCGGCCCUCCUCGGAGGGUGCUCCCCAAGCCCCUGAGAGGACGUUCAUCCGGGCCAGUUUGCCCAUCAAGCCUAGGCCUGCCGGCAUGGAUGCACCCCGUUCCCGGGAGUCGAAAAAAUCCAUGACCUUCAAUUUGGGUCCUACAGGCUCUGGCGACCCAUUUGCCGUGAGCCGCUGGAGGCACCAAGCACGGGAAGGGAUGGACUUGGAGGGCGGUGGGGUUCUCCAGCCUUCCAAGGAGGAGCUCUUUAGGAGGGUGCUGUGGCAGCAGGAGCAACUGCAUUCCUUGGAGGCUCAUGGGGACACACUGGAGACGGACCUACGGCUCUGGGAGCGCGGCCGGCUUGCCGGCCAGGAGGACGAGAUCCUCUACCUGGAACACCUGGUGCGGAGGAAUGAGACAGAGCUUGGCGAGGAGGAGUUUUGGCAGAAUGAGCUGCGGCUGGAGAAGGAGUGUGAGCGGGAGCGGCAGGAGCGAGUUAGGAGCCUGCGGGCCAGCCUGGAGGAGUACACCCAGAGGAUCUACGAGCUGAGUGCCCGGACUGAAGCUCUGCAGGAGGAGAUCCAGUGGGAGAUGGCCGAGAGGGCCAAGAGGGGGAAGGAGACCCCUGUGCCCAGCCCCACAGAGCUGGAGGACAUGGCUGCCAAGAUGAAAAGGGACCUGGAUGCCAAGGUCAAGCAAGGCACCCAGCUGGAGAGCAACCUGGCCUGUGUGGAGAAGGCCCUGGAGGAAGCUGAAAGAAACCUGCAGGCCCAGACCCAAGAGCUGGAGGAGUUAAAUAAGGAGCUGAGGCAGUGUAAUUUGCAGCAGUUUAUUCAGCAGACGGGGGCCACGGUGACUGUCCUGCAGGCCAGGUCCGAGGAGGACGCCCAGCCAGAGCCGAGCCCGCGCGAGCUGCCAGCCUGCCGGAGAAACGGAGGUUUUUCUCCCACCACCGGUGCCGACUCACCUCCCCGGGCCAGCGCCAAGCAGGUCCUCGGCCAUCCCAGGACCCUGCCGGAGCCCCUGGUGUCCAGCCUGAACCCUGAGGGUGCGUACGUCCUGGCUGGCCCCUGGGAGCCUGAGCUGGGCUGGGGAGGAUGUGUAGGAAGAGGGGAGAGGCUUUUGCUGCCCAAAACAGCUCUGGGCCACAGAGAGCAAGUGUGUGCUGGGAGCGGGGGGCCAGAGUUAUUUAUAUAUGCCAUUAGGAAAAGCAAAGCUUACACCGCAGCAGCCUCCACUCUGCUGCCAGGGGCUCACACGCUGGCGGUCCGGCUCUGCGCCGCCAGGAGCCGCAGAGGGUGCUCCUCAUCCCCUGGGGAUAAGACCUUGCUAGGUUUAAGACAGGGAGGGUUUGGUUCCCAUCUUUCACAGGAGACGCUUUUGCUCCAUCUUGGGGACUAGUUUGCCCCCAAAUCCUUUCCACCUCCCUUGACCCUUUUUCCAGCUAGCACCGCGUUUUUACGUGCAGCAAAAGCAAGCUGUGAUGUCCCUGCCUGCUGUGGCGAUGUUGCCUGCAUCUCGGCAUCCCAUUCCCACCCAUGCCACCGUCCCCUCAGCAAAACCCUACUGCUAUCCUCCUCGUGGCCCACAACAUCCAUCCCCAUCUCACCAGAUGCUGUCUGCAUGUCCAUCUCCCAGUCCAGGCUUUGUGCUCAUGUACAUCCUGUUUUCCGUUCCCUUUUUCUUCUCACGAGCGCUCGCCCACCAUGAUGGGGUCACUCAGGUUGUUUUUGUCUUGUCUUGCAGUUGUAUCAACCAGACAGAGCAUCUGGAGGUAGAAGGGCCUGGCCAGUGGAGGAUCGAUUGCCUUGCAAGUGUAACUGU